AAAAUUUGCAAAACUCCAAUCCAAGCUCAAGCUCCAACCCAAGCUCAAGCUCCAAUCCAAGCUCAAGCUCCAAUCCAAGCUCAGCUCCAAUCCAAGCUCCCAAACCAAGCUUCAGUUCAACAUCCAAUUUAAGCUCCAAUCCAAGCUCCAAUCCAAGCUUCAGUUCAACAUCCAAUUUAAAGUCCUGGUGUGCCUCGGGAUCAGAAAAAGUCGAUAAAGUUGGCAAAGUCAAGUCUUUUUCACAGUACCGAAAAUUAAAAGGAAGCGAGUGGAAAAAAAAAGUAAAAGGUAAAGAAAAGGACAAAGCAGAUGAUGUAAUUAUCUUCAUUGGGCUACUCCAGUGGCGCCAACUGGAUCGAAAACUGAAGCCGGCUAGAGGUAAAAGGAUUGCUUUAAGAGUAUCAAACGAAGCACCGUAUGCUGAAUUAUGUGCCCAGGCGCUGUUGAAGUGGAAAGCAUAUCAAAGCAACAUUUAUGACGAAGAAAAGGAAUAUUCAUUGGUUUUUGAGGAUGGUAACGAGGCUUUGUUCCUGCCUGGUACGAAAGAAUUCUUCACUCUCAAGCGAUACAAAGAGGAAACAGGAAAAGACUACAAACGGAUUGUUUUGUACUUAUGCACCAAGUCUGAUAUAAGCAGGAGUGAGGAUUUCGAAGAUGACGACGAGGAUGACGACGGAGAUGACGACGGAGAUGACGACUCAAAUGACAGAUGCGCCGAGCAUUCGAGGAAAAGAGCAAGAUCCCAAAUACUGAACGAUGAAAAAGUUGCAAUGGAGUUACAGUCACAGUUCAAUAACGAGACUGAUGACAAUAUAAACAUUUUCAGUGAUAAUCUUCCGCUUCCUAUACAAAGCGAGAACAUUGUCGGAGGACAACUAGAUGAAACAGAUUGCUUAAAUGAAGUCCAAAAUGAUCCUGCAAGCACAGGUGUAGAAGCUCGGAUAUACGAGAGUACUGCAGAGAUAGUUGAAAGAUUGGAAGCGCAGGUUGAUCAUUCGAGUCAGUUUUAUAUUGUCAUCAGGAGAGGAAGUACAUUACAAAGGAAACUGAUGAUUUGGAAGCGUCAAUUAGCGAAGAAAGAAAGUCCCAAACAGAAAGUCAUGGUUAGCUUUGCUGGUGAGAUGGGAAUUGAUAGCGGAGCUUUGGCAAAAGAAUUUUUCACGUCAACAAUAUAUGAUAUAGGAAAGACCAUCUUUCCAAAUGGCAGCCCCGUGAGUUCAAUGCUGAAUGUGCACAACGGCGUUUUCUAUACAUGUGGGCAGAUUGUUGCUGCGAGUCUUGCCCAAGGAGGCCCACCACCAUGUUUUAUGGACAAGUGUGUUUAUGAUAUGCUAGUUGACCAAGAUGUUGACUUGAAUGCUCUGCGUGAAGAGGAGCAUUUAACCUCACACGAGCAAGCAUUAAUCGCAGACAUCCGAAGAGACCCCAUAGCCGUAACGGAUAGAAUCUUGGAACAUGGGUAUACGGGCGCAAUCGACAUACUUCAUGUUGAAGACAUCGUAGGUACAGUGAUGAUUAGCAUUGUAAGCAAGCGUUUACUGUAUUUAAACGAGUUUCGAAAUGGCCUCAACCUUUACGAUCUCCCUGCAUUCUUGAAAUCCAGUGCUAAUUUAUGCAAGGAUCUAUUCGUGAUUGGAAGAAACAAAAUUGUGGAUGCAAAUUUUGUUGUUUCGUGUAUGAUGCCAUGUUAUUCAGAAACAGGAAGUUCUCGUCGAGCUGUUGAAGAAAUGAUGGUCGACAACUUUCAGGAUCUACUAAUAAGUCUUGAAGAUGAACACGUAACUGGCUAUACAGAAGCUUUAGCUUGGGAUGAUGGUGCCGACAGCAUUGGCAACCAUGAAGACGACACAGCUGAAAGAGAAUUGUUACAAGCACCAGACCUAACACCUGGAGGUGUUUUUGGAUGGAUCACUGGCCAAAAACACGUGCCGUUGACUGGAGAGAAGAUUCAAAUGAUAAUAAACUUUGAUCACGAAUGCAUGGUUCGAAACGAGAACCACAAGAUCUGCUUCCCAAUUGUGGGAGCAUGCGGAAGAACAAUUACUCUCCCAGUUGCACACAUGAGAGAGAGUGAACAUUUUAAACACGUUUUCAUGCUAGGAUACUGCAAAGGACAAGCGGCUGCUAACAGAUAA